GCCCAGAAUGGACAAAACAAACACCGGCUUGAGAUAGAGUCUUUGUCGUUUCUCCUUCACGCACGGCCGAGGCGCUUUUUCGUCUCCAAAGCCUGUCUCCAGAAGCAUGUCCUCAGACAUGCAGCCACGGUGCGAUGAAGCGGACCAAGAGACGCCACCAGCAUGACAGCAUAAAAGAAGCGGCCAUGGCUACUAACCAUGAAGCUGGAACCAGAAACAUCGAACGCUUCCUUCUGUCUAAACAAGCCUCUCUGGUGCUACAUUGAACACAAACACUCCGAAUAUGCCAUCCAAGUGCGAGAAAGCCCAACGGACUGUUUAACGCCCGCUGUUCCAUCUGAGUAGGAGGUGACAACAAAAGACCAAAUGCCAUGGAUUUAGUCAAUUCGACCUACUGGAAUGCCUCCGAAGGCAAUGACACAGAUGUUGUGGAAGAGAGCGAAAGCGCCUACAAGACUGUGGAGGUGGUGUUCAUCGUGUUGGUGGCCGGUUCCCUCAGUUUGGUCACAGUUAUUGGAAAUAUCCUGGUCAUGCUUUCCAUCAAAGUUAAUAGGAACUUACAGACUGUCAACAACUAUUUUUUAUUCAGCCUUGCAUGUGCUGACCUAAUUAUUGGACUGUGCUCCAUGAACUUGUACACGGUCUACAUAGUGAUUGGGUACUGGCCCCUUGGGCCGGUGGUGUGUGACCUGUGGUUAGCCUUGGACUAUGUUGUCAGCAAUGCAUCUGUCAUGAAUCUUCUCAUCAUAAGCUUUGACAGAUACUUCUGUGUCACCAAGCCCCUCAGCUACCCUGUCAAAAGGACCACCAAGAUGGCAGGAAUGAUGAUUGCCGCAGCCUGGGUCCUGUCUUUUAUCCUCUGGGCACCAGCCAUUCUCUUCUGGCAGUUCAUUGUCGGUGGGCGGACAGUGCCUGAGAAGGAGUGCUACAUCCAGUUCUUCUCGAAUGCCGCAGUCACUUUCGGCACCGCCAUUGCCGCCUUUUACCUGCCUGUCAUCAUCAUGAUUCAGCUCUACUGGCAGAUCUCCAGAGCGAGCAAGAGCCGCGUGAAAAAGGACAACCGCAAGCCAUCAGGAGCCAAUCCAGAGCCCCUGUCGCCUGGUCAGAGGAAGAGCAACACACCAAAACCCAACAAUAACAACGUAUCAGGGGAUGAUGCAGGACGUUCCCAGAGCCUGAAUGCUGAUGAUGGAGCUAACCAGCAUGACGGAAAACUGCAAAAUGGCAAAGGACCUUCCUCAACCACUGCUGAGGGAGAAACCGAAGGUGAUGACGUGGCAAGGGAGAACUGCACCCCUGGAGAAGAGAAGGAGAGCUCCAAUGAUUCGACAUCCGGCAGCGCGGCCAACCAGAAGGAGGAGGAAGCGACACCCUCUGUCGCCAACUCUAGUCUGGAGACAAACCAGCCACUCACACGUCAGCGAGCCAAGGCGGGAGGCUCCAAGCUGACCUGCAUCAAGAUCAAGACUAAAUCACCCAAGGGUGACUGCUACACACCGUCCAACGCCACCGUCGAGAUCGUCCCGGCCACAGAGAGGCAGAAUCAAGUGGCACGGAAGAUCGUGAAGAUGACAAAGCAACCCCCCAACAAGAAGAAGAAAGCGCCGCCAUCACGGGAGAAAAAAGUGACGCGCACCAUAAUGGCCAUCCUGGUAGCUUUUGUAGCCACUUGGACUCCUUAUAAUGUGAUGGUGCUUAUUAACACCUUCUGCUCCAGCUGCAUCCCAAGCACAGUGUGGACUAUUGGCUACUGGCUGUGCUACAUCAACAGCACCAUCAACCCGGCCUGCUACGCUCUGUGCAACGUCACGUUUAAAAAGACAUUCAAACAUCUUCUCCUCUGCCAAUAUAAAAAUAUUAGAUCAGCGAGAUAAAUAUGGGCCACUUAGGAGAAAGAGUUGGAAGUAUGAGUUGCUUGCGUGCGUGUGUGUGUGUGUGUGUGUGUGUGCCAUCCAUGUAUGUGUGUGUCUUUUGAAAGAGGUUUGUGAGCACGAAAAAAGACCGCAAGAGUACAUAUGAAACUAUAAUUCAUUUAAUCAUUUUGAUUUGUUUUCAAUUUCUCUCUGUCAAUAACCGGUUGUAGCACUUUACACAAGUUCAACUGAUGCCAGUUGCGUCGAGACGUGUCGUGCAGAAGCAGCGUAGAUAAGGAAGGCUGUGACAAAAAAAAAUUCAGAUUCGUUCGGUGUUGUGAGCUCGCUAAAACGAGGGUGUGUAAAGCAGGGGGGAGCGCUCGGUGCUCGGUGACACUGAGCUGAUAAAAAAUAUAAGACGAAGAGCGGAGGAAGAUCUGCGCUGUACGAAAAACACAAGAAAACUUCAAAAUGGGAAAAUAGGGCUGACUGAAUUCACAAACCUCAGAAGUUUGAAGUUCAGUGAAGAUACCUGUAGAUAACUGUACAUAUCAGUGUAUACUCAAUAUUGAUGUGAGUGCGCACGUGCUGACGACAUGGAGUAUGUGUGUACACCCAUGUGUGCCCCCCUCUGCCUGCCUUCUUUCUAAUCUGUUUGUGAUCCACAUCAUGGCACUUCCAACCAGCGACAUGUAGAAUAAAGUGGGGCAGCUUGUGUAGAUUGCCUCUGACAUAGUGACAUCAGGGGUUGGAAGCUAUCCCAUCUACCAACGAGCCCCUGUGGGAAUGAGUUACCAUUAAUACAUAAUAGAUAUAUAAAUAUAUUAACGCUGUCAACUUGCCAACUGGUGGCUUGAAACAAUUUCGUCCUCAAAGGGUCAUUUCAGCCAUAAUACAAACCAACAUUUACUCACUUACCUCUGCUGGUGGUGUUAGAAUUUUUGCCUCCGAAAUAAAAAUAAUGGAGGUGGAUACAAUUUUGUAUAAACACAGCAUUGAAAAAUGACAUUUUAGAAAAAGUAUGUCAUUAUAACUGCUUCCUAAUGAAGUCUGUGAAGUGCAAAAAUGUGUUUUCAUAAGUAUGUUGACCCAUUUUGUGCCAUAAAAUAGUUAAAUAUGUUUCCAGUGGAUAGAUGCGUUCUCUUUUAAUAAUUUGAAUCUGUGAUCGUACUACAGAAUGAGUCCCCACUUUGAUUUGAAGCAAGACAUUUUCUGGAAAAAAAUGCGUAUACGCUCUUUGGGUGAAGCCAGGAUACAGUUGGCUUAGCUUGGCAUAAUGACUGUGAUCAAUUAACAUGUUAAAGCUCAUUUUGUUUCAUGAAAACCAAAGAGUGAAAACGACAAGUUGUGGUUUUUGCACGGUUUACGUGUCUAUUCUUUUCAGCUGAGAGUAAAAAAUUCCUUGAAGACACCGCACCCAGCCGAGAAAUGGUCCCUCACAUAACCCCACGUGAAGCCAUAACUCGUCUUUUUCACGUUUUGGGAGUUUUCUCAAAUAGCUCUAAGACAAGAAGACUAAAAACAAACUAAAUUAUGGCUAAAUUUUAAAAAGAAAUGCACGAGAUGAGAUUGUUCAGUCGCACUCUAUGAUUUGCCAGCCGCUCCUAUCACAUCAUGUCAGACUUUACAACUGCUGACAGGAUGUUUGAUGUACGUGGUUAUUAAGAUGUUUUAUAUUUGCUGUCAGGUUAAUCACCACUGCUACGAACCUUCCUACUCUGAGUGAAACAGGUGGCCGGCGCUCGGAGCUGUGGCUUAAGGUUUUUUUUUUUAACGAGUGGGGAAACGUCAUUUGAUCCUGCUGAUUCGUGGAUUGAUGCCACAGCGUGAAGUGUACCACACUGUACGGAUGAUGACUGAAGACCUGUGUGUGUGUGUGUGUGUGUGUGUGGGUAUGUGUGUUUGCUCCAAGAGUGGAGUUUACUUCUGAUCACAGGUCUCGACCUUGUGAUUUAAAUAAGGGCUAAUUCUGCGUCUUUACUGUACAUAUUUUGUAACCCAUCCUCCUUUUUUAUGUUUUUUUUUCUUCUAAACCAACAAGUGAGUUAAUUAUAGGUAUAUGUAAUUCAUUAUAUUCUUAAAUUAAUAGCUGUGCUUAUUUCAAUUAUAAAAGAGAUGAGAAAUGAUCAAUUUACUGUAAGACAUGUUCUGUGUGCUCAUGCGUGUCAUCCAUCAUUUCAACCCUAUUACACAAUUCUCAGUUACUUUAAUGUAUGCUCACCAGUAGGAAUGAUAAAUAUGCAUGAGCGUUCGCCAUCAGGAGGCUGCCACGGUGGCUGGUAGGGGGGCUUUGCACAGAAUUACGCCUGCACCGAAUAGCUCCUCAAGGCUGUCUCCUUAAAGAGAGAUCUGGGACAGAUCCUAUAAUGAAAACUCACCAUGAGGCUGAUCAGAUUAUGGGACGAUGUGGAACACCUACAUUUGAGAUUAAAGAUUGCCCAUUACACGCUCAGCUUGUGCUUGCACGCUACACGCCCAUGCCCCACUUAGUGCUCCACUCAGCCCCUGAUCCUGUUAUAGUCUCCACCUCAUAUGAGGCCAUGAAUGUAAUGUAAAUAUCACAUGUACAUUCAUUAGCUUGCUCGAUCAUUAAUUAUUGUUUUGGCGUUCUCCUCCCCGCUCCAUCCGUCCUGCUCACACUGUAAAGCUCUUAUAAGUGCAGAGUCGGUGCGGGAUAACAUCUUUGCACCUUCGUUCAAAUUUCAAAGUCGUGGUCACAGGAAUAAAUCAGAAUUUUACAUUAAGCUGUCACACUGACAUUUACAUUUCUUCGCAGGCAACCUGCAGCAAAAUUGUAAAUGCUAUGAAAGAAAUAUUGGAAUAUUUGGAUGCAACUCCAGCACGUGACUGUACGCCAGUGGUGGAAAUCAGAAGCUUUAAAGCUGAAAUAUAACAAUAUAAAAUAUUCAUCUUACAAUGAGAUACACUCCACUGUUGUCAUGUGGCUUAACUAGUCACACGGACUGUGGCUCUAGAGGGUCAUCGCCAUGACGAAAUUAUUCCCGUUGUGUCACCCAGGAGUUUCAAUUUGAGAUUUAUUUUUUUUAAUUUCGAAAGUUGAAAUAAACUUUUGACACUGAAGAUACUAGAGGAUACAGGAUAAGUGUCCGUUUGGUUUGAUUGACUACAACCCAACAACAGUCAUUCAAUUUGGAUUGUCUUGUUAAAUUCUGAUUGGUCCAAACAUUAUUUUUUUUUUUUUCAAAAUAAUCCCAGAUGAGAACAGAUAAAAACAGAAAUCUCCCACAAAACUCUUCAAACUUUGUGCAAAAAACAAGUUUUCAGGACCUUUAACCAACCUGAUGACAAAUGGCACGUAUUUAGUUGCAUCACGGGAAGUAUUGGGAUCCGGUGCUUUUUGGGUGCGACUAAUACUGGGGAGCUGGGACUGAAAGCCAGGAUAUGUCACCCUGUGUUGCGUCAGUAUUGGCCAUUGUUGUUCUGAUCUGUCUCUUGUGAGCUGUAUAAAAGUGUAGACCUCAAUCGAUUAGUCAUUCACUGCUCCUCAAAUGAGACAAAGACAAGUGAAGUACACUAAAGUUUUUGCCUGAGUAUAGUAUGUAAUCACGUGUAUUUUCCACCACUGCUGCACAUCUGGGGACGGUCCGUGUUGAUCCAGUUUAAGGCAUCCAUCCAAGUUCAACAUCCAGCCAUCCAUCACGGUGAUAAGUCGGGCCACGUCUGUCUGACAUCUGUCACACAUCCCAGUAGUGGGUAAAGAGCCUUCCAGAAUAUCUGAUUAGUCUUUGCCUAAGCUGUCGUUUGAGUGAUACCAGCAGGAGAGUAAGUGGCUCACAGCUCGAGCGGAGGUCCAGGGGUCCCAGUUUGAGCAGCUGCUUGGGUGUUUGAUGGGAGGUGAUGGCAGUUUAUCACCUCCUGGAGGGGGGAGAAGGCUGAGAUGUACCUUUGUGCUCACUGUAGUUAUCUCCACUCCGUGCACUUCAAACAUCAGGAGCAAAGUUCUCAUAAACCGCCUGCUUCGCUUUGCCAAGUUGUUGAGCAGACGAGAACAAAACAACGUUCUUGUAUCAGGCAUUGUCUUUGUGUUGGAAAGUGAAACGGGCGGGGGGACGGGACGCUGAGUGGAUGAUGUGAGGGAGGCUUGUGAUAGAACGUGAAAGCUUUGUCGGGUGACAGUGAAACAGAACGGCUGUCAUGCAUGUGAGGGGAGAAAGGCGGCUGAUAGCCCCCAAGGUGUACACUCUGUACUUAUGAAACAGAUAAGCUUGCCUUUGUAGUCAUGGUUACAAAGAGGGGCGGGAGGACGGUUGUCAGUGACAAAAUCCACAGCGAGAGGGAUCACGCUGCAUGUGGACCAUGUUUGGAGAAGUCACAGCCGCUCUGGGCAGGUCAGCCAAGGGUUUUGCUGCAGGAAUUUCAGAGUCCCAGACGAAACCUAUCCCCGCCUGGUGUAAACACAGUGUGAUACGGAGCUGUCUACCAUCCCGCCUGCGCUUUUAUUGCGUCUCAUUCUCACGUUGUGCAACGAGAACCCCGCCAUUUCUCGCUGUGUGGUUGUUAUGACCUUCACAUAUCCCAUAAGUCCAUUUAAAUGCACGACAUAUAUUCUGACGUUCAUCUGUCUAUUAGAAAUAAACUUUGUCCGUGUUGUAGUCAACAGAUCAUAUAAUGUGCCGUCAGAGCUAGCUGGGCUCCUCUUCAUACGGCUUAUGUCAAAGGGCUAAACUCCUUUUACGGGAGUACACAUAUGACACGUAACGUUUAUCAGAGACAACUUUCAAAAUUUAAGGUUUUUUCUGGCUUCACUCUUGGGGCCCGUUCGCUGAGAGUUAAUCUCACCAAUCUUGUGCAGCCAUGCAGGAGUGGUAGAAAACGCAGCAGCUCGCACAUGCUGUGAGAAUUUUAUCGGGAAAAUAUAUAUCGCCAGAUUGUACGGAGCAAUUUGCAGUGCCUUAUCCGGAGUGACAUAAACAAAUUGCUCUUUUAUCCGUAAAUCCCUGUUGUAUCUUUGGUGUGCGUGUGCUGAAAGUCGUAGACGGUGCUGCAGUGUGGUGCACGGUGAAGAGCGUGGUGUUGAAAGUUUCUCUCUCUCUUCUCUUUGAGCUCCCGUUACUAUAAUUUCCAUCUUAACAGCCACUGCCUGAUUGCAAAGGCAAUGAAAGUUUGGACUGAACAAUCUAAAAAAGAAAAUCAUCAUCUCAAUGCCUUCUGAAAUAAUGUAUCAGACUAUACUCUACAGUCACAGCAGUGACAUAUUUCAAUACUAUCCUGGAGGCACAGUGGGUUAUUUUUGUUUUUGUUUCCAUCCAAUAUGUGUGUGUCAGGUCUGUGUGUGUGUGUGUGAGUGCAUUCACAUUUAUCAUAUGGGGAAUUUUCCCUGUGCAAACCCUGUAUGUCUGUCAUUAUAUCAAGAUCAGUGCUGUCAUUUUGGUGUGUGUGUGUGUGUGUGUGUGUGUGUGUGUGUGCAUGCAGCUUGCUGUGCGGUGUUUUAUUUUUUCUAAAUGGCAUCCUCAGCAUGAAGACAUUGGAUUGGACAAAAUAUCACGGCACACAUCAGGGAGGAUGCACACAGUGUGAUUGUCUGUUUCUCUGUCAUCACUCCUUCCUCUUUAAAAACAGUCUUUCAAUAGCAACAGGCUUCCAAAGACUCACUUAGACACAGCUUUGCGUGGCACUGGAACACAUAUAAAUACAUUAUAUUGUACAUUUUCUAUCACAUUUUAUAAAUCUGUUUAUCAUUGUACAAAGUACAAAAUGUAGUAUUGCAAAUAAGAGUAUGAUCAGUGUACAGACAGAGUGUUUCUUUUUACUUUUUUUGCGGUUUGAAAUUAAAAAAUGUUCUUUAAAAUCUACAAAGAUAUGAAUAUUAUGAAAGUGUUUCAAAGAGAAUAUGAUUAUAAAAGUAGAAGGUAUAAAUAUAUGUGUUUUUCCGGGGGCAUGAUUUCCUAAGAAAUGGAUUCCUGCCUUGCAAAUGAGCAACCGGAUCCAAACUUUUAAAACUUCGGAGCAGCGUUCCAGGGGAUUUCAAGAAUGACUUUUGCAGCCAGAAAGAAGGGGGGAGGAAAAAAAAUAAAGAAAGAGAGAGCAAACCUGGAAACCCGGAGGACGACAAAAGCUAAAACUAGUUUCAAUGUGACCCAAAGGCCCAGAGGCAAGGGCUUCAUUUUGAUUUCACCUGUAAAUUUAUAAGGCUUUCACACUCACCUUGGGAAGAAGCUGCUCAUCCGCUAUAUUACUGGACACACUUUAUAACUUUUGCAAUUUUAACAUCCCGGGGGAAAAGGUGUUUUUUUUCUUUCUUUAUUGUGGAGCAAGCAAAGUGUGGAAUUGUUUGACCCGAUCUGAACUUUAAGGGUCGCGAAUUAACGUGUGGAUUUGAAACAAAAUCGGCAAACAUUAAAAAAAAAAUAAAAAUGAAAAAAUCAAUAAAAAAAAAAAGAAUCAGUAGCCUGCUGCAAGUGUUAAAUGUACAUACAAGUGUUCAUUUUUCAUUUGCUGAUGUUCGUAGAUGUUCAUUGUGUAUUCACUCACUGUGGCUUGUGGCUUCUCUUGCAAUAGAAAAAAAAAGAAACAGUCUCUUGUUUGCAUUGUAUAUAUCUAUAUGAUAAGACAUUAUAUGUAAUUCGGAUGUGGUACAUUUGAAAUGUACAAACACGUCUUUAAUAGCUACUAUCUGAAUGUUUCCCCCACCCCCCAAAAAAAAUCCCUCAUUUAUUCUCCUCCCCCACUAUGAUACUUCCUGUACAGUAACAAUGGUAUUGAUUUAUUUUUAUUUUUUCCUUUUUGAUGCAUUCUUGAUUGAUUAUUUGUUCUGGACAAUGAAUCGGAGUGUUACUAUCACUGGCCACCUGUAAGAUGAGCUACAUGAAGUGGUUACAUUGUGCCAUAUUCUCUCAGAAUGAAAUUCAAAUAAAAAUAUAUCAAAAUGUGUUU